AUGGAACAUGUUUCUGAAACGACUUCGGCCGGUCAACAUGCGGCCGGUCAUCGAGAGCCUCCUCCCCUUCACCAACCCCACCUGACCGACGCCCACCUGCCGAUGCCUAGUCUCCAAGGAGGCAUAGUGCAUCCUGAUUCUAGCUCUGAGCUGCCUAUCAUGCUUUCUGCUGGACCGCCGAAGAUGACGAAGUCGACAUGCUCCAAGAUGACCCUUCCUGCUCGCCACAUGAACGUGCUUAACAACUGCACACCGCCAAGCUUGCUUGCCGACAUUUACAAGCCCUGCAAGCACUGCGCUGCGAUGAACCCGCUCUCCCUGAAGGAGCCAUGUGUUCGCUUCAGUAUCCUACAAUUGAUGUUGCAUCGCCGAGGUGUGUGCUCUGCGCUUUAUUAUCUCCAGACCUGUAUUGCAUGGCCUUGGUCGUUGACUCUAAUUAUAUCUCGUCAAGGAUCCACUCGAGACGACGCCCUCGACAAGUGGCUAGACCACCAGAAGCGCCUCGCUUUUGAACCAGAAUCGAGCCACUCCUUGACUGGCAGUACCGUUCUUGUUGAUAAACCUCACGUAGUGACCAUCACGCAAGAUCGAGGUCUACAGUUCGAUGUUGCGGUGAAACGUUUCCAGCCAGAGAAUGGAGAUGUGACUUACUGGAAAUGGAAAGACGAGAACGGCAUCGAAAAAGAGAUGGAUAUGCCACCAUAUUAUAUCUCCGACAUGUGCCAGGCUACGAACAUUAUGAGGGAGGCCGCAUUCAAGAACCAUGAGACGUACAUCGAUGCACUACUUCGGGAUGCCAACCCCAUCGUGAGGCGGACGUUUGCAGCCGCACUUCAGUGCCAGAGUUCUUCAAAGAGUAUUCUUGUCUCACGCGCCUUGGCAUUCUGGGUAGCCACGCGGUUUAUCGAACAUCCUUGGCGGAUUUGUGGCGGUGCCCUACCCCCUUUUGAGCCUCCCACGCUUCCAUCCUGUCCAUACGCUGGGAUCGUACCAGUCACCCCAAUCAUGGACACACAAAUUGAUCACAUUGCGCUGCGGGAUAUACUGCUGCCCCUGGGCAAGAAGAUCCUUGGCGAACUAGAGGAGAAGAUCAAGACAAAGAAGCGCGAAAACUGGUUUGAGAUCUUUCUCGCGACGUUCAUCAUCAUGAACAACUUUGAGUUCAUUUUUGCCGACAUAGUCGAGUACACGAAGAGACACGGUAUCAAGGAAAACCCAAACGGUCCCCCGUCCUUGAGCCACGGUUUCUACCAAGCUUGCAAGACUAUCCUGGUGUACUUUCAUUUUGCCUGCUCAGGACAAAGCCCCCUAUCUCUGAGACUUGCAGCUCCUCAGGUUUCCCACGAGGUCCUGACACCAGACCAAAUAGCAUAUAUACGAGAUGUUCAGGUAGAGCUCAUGAAGCAGGCCGAGGAAAGAAACGAUUGGAAGUCAGGCUCCAUGUAUGACACUCCGAUGUACUGGUGCUACCAAAUUCUUGACGAUAAUUGGGACUCGACGGUCACUCCCUCGUUGCCCAUUGAUUCAUUCACGGAGGAGGAUUUCCUUACCUCUUGA